CCAUGCACUGCGGCAGACAAUUUCCAACGCGUUGUCAAUUCAAUCGACUUCUCAACCUUCAGACCCGAUCUGCUGGAGCAAGAGCAAAGGCUCUUGCCAGAAUCAUCUUCCAAAGUUACUGAAGAAAUGUGGUCCGGGCUGAGAGACAAUGUUCGUAAUUCGCUAACUGAACUCUGUGCAUUAGUCGACUUGCUUGCUGUAUUAAAGGAGACAAAGUACCUCUCAAUCUUUCGUGUUGAUCCUAAAACAUCUGAAACGCCGAUUAUUACUUUUCUGGCCGGAAAGAAAAUGAAUGAAGUGAUCGCAACCAUUUUCCCAGGCGUCCGGCUUUCUGUUUCUUUGGAUUCUGUUUCCUCUGCUGAUAGCGUUACAAAGUCCUCCGAACCUCCGUCAAACUCUCAAAUAAUCUAUGGACUGAGUACGCAGUUGCGUCGAAUCUUGCACCGACAGCACAUCGCAUCGUGGCCUAAUAUUUCCAGUCUUCCAUUACCAACAAGUGGACCCGUGCAGAUACCGAAACGCAUGCGUGCAGCAGGCGCCCUUCUCCUCACAAUGGACGCGUUUUUGUAUCGUAAUCCACGUUCUUUGGGUGCUGGUCAGGCAAUCUCAAGCUUGCCGAUUGUCACCGCUAGUGUGGCAGGAUUUGCAGGAACCGCAGCCUCCGCCUGGAUGGUAACAAAUUCGGACAGCGGAGCCACUAGUCUCUCGCAAGGUUCAGCAGGCCUUCCGAACCAGGUCUUUUUAGGACAGGAUCGUCAUGCCUACUUCACUGAGUGGGGCUUUGCCGUGCCGGCCACCGGCACCGGUUUGUCCGCUUCCAACACGGUGCCCGGUAUGGAUGACAUUCUCGAGACUUGUUCAAACCUUUCCGUGUUCGAACGUUCCCUAGAUUUGUCAGAAGCUAGCGAGUGUGCAAUAGAGACCAUCAUGGGCUCUGGCAAGAGUCUGCUGGGCCAGUUUCUAACAAUAUCACGACACUACUACCUCCGCCAACGGUGA